AUGGGAUCCUUGGUUCAUGUGAAAGAAGCCACUGUUAUUACUCCUUCCGACCAAACACCUUCUUCUGUUCUGUCUCUCUCCGCCUUAGAUUCUCAGCUUUUCCUCCGAUUCACCAUCGAAUACCUCCUCGUUUACCCACCCGUUUCUGACCCGAAUCCUCUCUCGGAUCGUCUCAAAUCCGCACUCUCUCGCGCUCUCGUUCCUUACUUCCCUUUCUCCGGCCGCGUCCGCGUGAGACCCGACGGUGGCGGCACCGGCGGAUGUCUCGAGGUCAAUUGCCGUGGCCAAGGUGCUCUGUUUCUCGAAGCCGUCUCUGACCACCUCACGUGCCUCGACUUUCAGAAAGCUCCCCGGCACGUGACUAGCUGGAGAAAGCUUCUCUCCCUCAACGUCAUCGACGUCCUCUCUGGUGCCCCACCUCUCGUUGUUCAGCUCACUUGGCUCAGAGACGGCGGUGCUGCUUUAGCCGUCGGUGUUAACCACUGCGUCUCCGAUGGUAUCGGAAGCGCCGAGUUUCUCGCCUUGUUCGCCGAGUUAUCGAGAGACUCGCUGAGUCAGACUGAGCUAAAGAGGAAACACCACUGGGAUCGCCAAUUGCUUAAUCCGGUUCCGGUUCGUGACUCGCUGAGCCACCCCGAGUUUAACCGAGUUCCCGAUCUAUGCGGAUUCGUCAACCGAUUCAACGCCGAGCGACUCGUUCCGACCUCGGUCGUGUUCGAGAGGCAGAAACUCACGGAGCUCAAGAAACUCGCGAGUCGACUCGGUGAGUCCAAUUCGCAACACACUUCGUUUGAGGUGCUCUCUGCACACGUGUGGCGGAGCUGGGCGAGAUCACUGAACUUGCCAUCGAACCAGAUCCUCAAGCUUUUGUUCAGCAUCAACAUCAGAGACCGAGUCAAACCGAGUCUACCCACUGGAUUCUACGGGAACGCCUUCGUCGUCGGAUGCGCGCAAACCACCGUGAAAGACUUAACGGAGAAAGGAUUGAGCCACGCGACGAUGCUCGUGAGACAAGCGAAGGAGCGAGUCGACGACGAUUACGUGAGAUCGGUGGUUGAAGCUGUGAGCAAGAAAGCGAGUCCUGACUCGGUUGGAGUGUUAAUACUGUCGCAGUGGUCACGUCUCGGUUUAGAGCGGCUUGAUUUCGGUUUGGGUAAACCGGUUCAUGUGGGAUCGGUUUGCUGUGACCGUUACUGUUUGUUGCUUCCGGUUCCUGAACGAAGUGACGCCGUCAAAGUAAUGGUCGCCGUUCCGUCAAGUGCCGUUGACUCCUAUGAGAAUCUUGUGAUGAGUCCUAACGAUUAA